CAAGGGAAUCAUGAAGAAAUUGAUGCGGACACCACCGGAAACCCUGGUCCGCAGGGUUACUAUCUACCGACUGUAGCCGGUCAAACCUGCUUGCCGUGCUCCUUUCGGCCUUCUGUUCUUUGUCCGGUUGCCCGUCGACCGCUGACUCGGCGAUACAGUAAAAGCUAUAGUUUAAACCUAAUCCUCCGUCUCCGUCUCCGUCUCUGUCGAUCGAAACCGCAAAUGGGCAACCGCACCUCCCGCCGCCACAAGGAGCCGCCCGCUUCCCCGGCUCCCGCCCGCCCCCGAUCCCGCCCCAACCCACCCACCACCGUCGCCCCCGCCUCCCCCUCCCCCUGCUCCUCCGCCCCCGCCGCCUACGGCCCCCACCGACGCCACGCCCCCGCCGUACCCCGCCCGGUAGCUUCCGAUGUCGGUCGCGUCCUCGGCCGACCCAUGGAGGACGUCCGCGCCACUUACACUUUCGGCCGCGAGCUCGGGCGGGGCCAGUUCGGGGUCACCUACCUCGUCACCCACCGCGAGACCGGGAGGCAGUUCGCCUGCAAGUCCAUCGCCACCCGGAAGCUCAUCCGCCAGGACGACCUCGAGGAUGUCCGCCGGGAGAUCCAGAUCAUGCACCACCUCACCGGCCACCGCAACAUCGUGGAGCUCAAGGGGGCCUAUGAGGAUCGGCACUCGGUCAACCUCGUGAUGGAGCUCUGCGAGGGCGGGGAGCUCUUUGACAGAAUCAUCGCCAAGGGUCAUUACUCCGAGCGUGCGGCGGCUGCUCUCUGCCGAGAGAUCAUCAACGUUGUCCACGCCUGCCACUCAAUGGGUGUCAUGCACAGAGAUCUCAAGCCGGAGAACUUUUUGUUCUUGAACAAGAGAGAAGAUUCGCCGCUCAAGGCCACCGAUUUUGGACUCUCCGUUUUCUUUAAGCCUGGAGAAGUAUUUAAAGAUCUUGUUGGAAGUGCUUAUUAUGUUGCUCCUGAAGUAUUACGGCGUCGUUAUGGAGCAGAAGCUGAUAUAUGGAGUGCUGGGGUGAUACUUUACAUCCUUCUUUCUGGUGUUCCUCCUUUUUGGGCAGAGAAUGAGGAAGGUAUAUUUGAUGCUGUAUUACUUGGUCAUAUCGAUUUUUCAUCUGAUCCUUGGCCUUCUAUAUCAAGUGGUGCUAAAGAACUGGUCAAAAAGAUGUUAAGAGCAGAUCCAAAGGAACGACUUACUGCUGCUGAAAUUCUCAACCAUCCAUGGAUGAAGGGAGAUGGUGCACCUGAUAAUCCACUUGAUCUCACAGUCUUGAAUAGAAUGAAGCAAUUCAGGGCUAUGAACAAGCUCAAGAAAGUGGCACUGAAGGUGAUAGCAGAAAGCUUGUCAGAGGAUGAAAUUACGGGUUUAAAAGAAAUGUUUAAAUCAAUUGACACUGACAAUAGUGGCACAAUAACAUAUGAAGAACUAAAAGCAGGCUUACCCAAAUUGGGUAACUUAGGUAUCAAGAUUUCUGAAUCUGAAGUUAGACAGCUGAUGGAAGCGGCUGAUGUUGAUGGAAAUGGAAGCAUAGAUUAUAUUGAAUUUAUAACAGCUACAAUGCAUAUGAACAGAAUGGAAAGAGAAGAUCACUUAUACAAAGCAUUUGAGUAUUUUGAUGAAGACAGGAGCGGGUAUAUCACAGUUGAGGAAUUGGAACAAGCUCUUGAGAAGUAUAACAUGGGUGAUGAAAAAACAAUCAAAGAGAUAAUUGCAGAAGUUGACACAGACAAGGAUGGAAGAAUUAAUUAUGAUGAGUUUGCAACUAUGAUGAGAAAAGACAGUUCCGAACCCAUCCAAUCUAGGCGGCGUAAAUAAGACAUGCGAGUUGAAUAAGACAUUAUAUUCACCUCUAUGAUAGGAGCUCUUUACUUUGAUUUGUCGAAGGAUCCUUUUCUAGUUUAGAGGAAUGUCACAUCUUGAGUUUGCAUCUCUCAAGAACUGGCUCGUUUGAGUGUAUGUAUGUAUAUAUAUUACUCGUAUUUGGUCCAAUUUGUACAAUGGACAUUGAGGCUUGUGGGCAGUGCUUUAAAAACUGGCUUGCAAGAAUAAGCUGACAACUCUCUCGGGUUGCAAGUUUUCAGGUCCAAUCCUGUUGCGAUUGGGAAAAUAAUAAAAAUUUGAUCAAGUUGCAUCUGCCUUUUGAUUUA